AUGAAGGGUGGCAGCGGUAAGUUUGAUGGAGGUGUUUCAUCACCAAAGUCAAAUGUACUGAAGCGUAUCAAAGAUAUCUUUGGUGGAGGAACUGCUGCUACUGCUACUGGUAAUUCACCAUCUACAACAACAACAACAACCAGUACAGCUACAACAGGAUUGGAUGGAGAUGAGCACCAUAGUCAUCAUUAUCACCAACAUUCAUCUCAUGGCAGUGGUAGCAUUCUCCGAUCAAACUCUGAGAUUGAAAGUCUCACCGAGAAGUUUAGAAUGGAGAUUGUUGCAAGUCGUACAAUGAAUCUAUCACAGCGGUGUGCAUAUCUCAAAGAGAUUUCAGAGUGUAUCAAGAUCAUGCGUAUCGAUCAAGUCAAUCUAGAACAGAUUUGGCAGUCGGUAUCUGAUUUGUUACUUCCACCAUCACAGAUUUCAACAAUAGGAACAGGAACAACAACAACAACUACUACAGCUACAACAACGACAACAACUACAACACCAAAUACAACAACAACAACAACAUCUUCAUUAUCAACAUCAAACAAUGAGAAUAUACCGAUGGAAGCACAGAUCAUUGCAUACAAUGUGAUGAUGGCACUGAUAGAGUCACACUAUGGAAUGCUAAGUGGUUCGAUUAAACGUGAUAUCUUCACUAUACUCCAGUCAUCGAGUUCAAAGAUUCCAGUGUCUCUUCGUAUAAGAGCAUUGGCAGCGCUAAUCAAAGGUGGACGCGACAUUAUACCUUUUGAAUCACAGAUAGUAGAUCUCCUGAUACACUGGUUGAAUAUUAUCAAUUCAUCGAUUAAUAGUAACAGUAGUAGUGGAGGUGGAGGUAGUGGUGGUAGUGGAAACAGUGGGAACAACUCUGCUGGCAAUGCAGGACAACAGUCGGGUAGUGCAGUCGCUGUGAUGGCAAGUGGACAAUCCAGUGGAGGAAGUGGCGCCGGUAAUAGUGGUAGCGGCGCUGGCAGUGGUAGCGGUGGUAGUGGUAAUCUGAGUGACUCACUCAACUCAAUCCUCAACGAAUUAUUCAUCCUCAUCGAAGGAGUAUUGCGCUACUCUCAGAGAAUCAUAUCGGAGGGUGACAUGGCUUCGCUCAUUAACAACAUCUGUUUGAUAUCUAAUUCCUCUACUUGUGUUGCUGUCAUUGAAUGUUUCUGA